AUGCGUACUUUUCGCGCGUUCACCUUGCAGAGCAGGCUCGCGAGUGCCGCUCACUGGCCACCGCGACCGGUGCCCGCACCAGCAGAUGACCUGCUGCGACGCUGUGAUGCCUCGCUUAUGCAGCGUCUGCCGAGUGCUGCGAGCACUCGCCACUUGCUCCGUUUCCAACACAGCGAAGCUGUAUCACCAGCGACGGAUCCGGAGCAAAACGACCGUGCAGUCCAGGUUGCUCUCGAGGAGGCCCAAAUAGCAGCCAGAGAACGCGGCUUGACAGGGGCUCCUGUUGGUCGACGUAAUUUCGGCAUCGCCGCCCAUAUCGAUAGCGGAAAGACAACACUGAGUGAGCGCAUCCUGUUCUACUCUGGGAGAAUUCGAAGGAUCCAUGAAGUGCGGGGCAAGGACGGCGUCGGUGCCACCAUGGACUCGAUGGAACUCGAGCGCGAACGCGGUAUUACGAUUGCGUCCGCUGCAACCUACCUGAACUGGCAGCGCGGCUUUCACCUGAACCUCAUCGAUACACCGGGGCACGUCGACUUUACCAUUGAAGUAGAGCGGGCGAUGCGCGUACUCGACGGUGCGAUCCUGGUGCUGUGUGGUGUCAGCGGUGUCCAGUCGCAGAGUCUCACCGUGGAUCGCCAGAUGAGGCGCUACCGCGUUCCUCGACUCGCGUUCGUGAAUAAACUGGAUCGACAGGGGGCGAAUCCUGAACGGGUGCUUGAGCAGAUUGUUAACAAACUGCACCAGCCGGCUGCCUUUCUGACGAUUCCCAUAGGCGUCGAGCGGGAUCUUGUCGGGGUGGUUGAUGUAAUUCGCCAACAGGCCGUGUAUUUCGAAGGCGAAUACGGCGAGCAAUUGCGUAUCGAAGACACCAUACCCAGUUCAUUGAAGUCCAAGGCCGAUCAAGCGCGUCGCCAUCUUAUUGAAUGUCUCGCGAAUGUAGAUGAGCGUUUCGGGGACCUCUUCCUCGAGCAUGAUUACGGGGUCCCAGAGGACGCCAUUCAUCGAGCGAUCCGUCGAGCGACCAUCGCACGCUCCUUCACACCGGUGUACUGUGGCUCCGCGUUGCGCAACGUGGGUGUUCAGCCGCUCCUCGACGCAGUGGUCAACUACUUGCCCAGUCCGGUUGAGGUGCGCAGCUACGCCAUGCAGGGCGAUACCGAGCAGCGAAUCCAGCUCGAGCCAGACGCCAAUGCCUCGCUUGUAUCGUUAGCUUUCAAACUCGAGGACGGGCGCUUUGGUCAACUCACGUACCUUCGGGUGUACCAGGGUACUCUUCGCCGCGGCGAUCUCAUCUAUAAUGCUCGAACGGGAAAGCGGUUGCGCGUUCCGCGUCUCGUUCGCCUGCACGCGGAUCAAAUGGAGGAUAUUCAGGAAGCGACAGCUGGUGACAUAUGUGCCAUGUUUGGACUGGACUGUGCCUCUGGAGAUACCUUCACAGAUGAAGCUGGUCUCGGGAGACGUCUCUCGCUGGAGAGCAUUCGCGUCCCUGAACCGGUGAUCUCGUUAGCGAUAACGCCACAGGGCAAGACGGAUGCACAGGCCAACUUUUCGAAAGCAUUGGCGCGAUUUACCAAGGAGGAUCCCACAUUUCGCACGUAUCUUGAUCCGGAAAGCAAGCAGACGAUUAUUUGCGGCAUGGGAGAGCUCCAUCUUGAGAUCUAUAUCGAGCGAAUGCGUCGCGAAUACGGUGUCGAGUGCCAAGUGGGGCAGCCCAAGGUGAACUAUCGAGAGUCGGUUUCCCGACGAGCGCCUUUCCAGUACCUGCAUCGGAAACAGAGCGGAGGUGCUGGUCAGUACGCUGGUGUCCAAGGCUACAUUGAGCCAACGCUCGAAGCCGGCUACUGGACCGCACGACCCGAGGACUCUGAGACCGCCGAGAGCGACCGCCAGGCAAUGAGCGCGGUGAACACGACCAGCGAGGAGGGUGGACAGGCGGUUGCUGCGCAGCGCGAAGCUACAAAACGCGCUGCCGAGAACGAGUUUGUGAACGCGCUGGUCGGCAACAACAUACCGCCACAGUUUAUUCCGGCCAUUGAGCGAGGCUUUCAGGAUGCCGUCCAGGAGGGCGCGCUCAGCGGUCACAUUGUGCAAGGUGUGCGGAUGGUGCUCCAAGACGGCAAGAGCCAUCCGGUUGACAGCAACGAGAUCGCUUUCCGGACCGCUGCACUGAUGGCCUUCCGCAAGGCUUUCCCCCAGGCCGGCGGUGUCAUUCUGGAGCCAUGGAUGCGCGUUGCGGUGCAAGUGCCGCAGGAGUACAGUGGUGACAUUCUGGGUAGUCUCACGAAACGGCGAGGAACUGUCGUGAAUUCCCAAACUGACGGCGAAUAUGCGCUGAUUGAAGCGGACGUACCGUUAAGUCAAAUGUUUGGCUACUCGACGGAUCUGCGCAGCAUGACGCAAGGAAAAGGUGAGUUUACCAUGGAGUACCUCCGUCACGAGCCGUGCACCCGGGAGGAUCAAGAGCGGCUCAUUGCAGACUACGCUGCGCUACGGAAGACAAAAGCAAACGAUUGA